AUGGACAUGGACAAGGAGUACUACAAGGCCUGCAUGGGCAUGGAGGCGCUGCCGAUGAGCCCGGCCGGUUUUUCGGCGGUGACGACAGAGGUGACCAUGGCGGUGGCGACAGCAAGCGAGGACGAGGGCGACCUGAAGAGGGGCCCGUGGACGGCGGAGGAGGACAUGCUGCUCGUCGACUACAUCUCCAAGCACGGCGAGGGGCGCUGGAACUCGCUCGCUCGAUGCGCAGGCCUGAGGCGCACUGGGAAGAGCUGCCGGCUCCGGUGGCUGAACUACCUCCGUCCCGACGUCCGGCGCGGCAACAUCACGCCGGAGGAGCAGCUGCUGAUACUGGACCUGCACUCCCGGUGGGGCAACCGCUGGUCCAAGAUCGCGCAGCGCCUCCCGGGGAGGACGGACAACGAGGUCAAGAACUACUGGCGCACCAGGGUACAGAAGCACGCCAAGCAGCUCCACUGCGACGUCAACAGCGACCGCUUCCGCGACGUCGUCAGGCAAGUCUGGAUGCCGCGCCUCCUCGAGCGCAUCCAGGCCGAAAGCUCCUCCGCCGCCGCCGCUGCUGCAGGAGUGGGUGUUCCGGCGCUGACAAGGGCGAUGAGCUCGCCGGCCGGUGCAUCACAGUACCACUACCACUGCGUCGAUCACGCGAGCAGCGGGGAGCCGAGCCGGAAGGUGGCGGUGACUAUGAGCCCUGACACCUCGAGCACGCUCCGGUCUUCUCUGUCACCGGCGGAGACAUCACACGGAGCCCAUUUCCCAGCGUGGGGCGCUGCCACUGCCACGGCGAACGUUGAUGGCUCGAUGAUGCAGUGCGCCGGACGCGAGGGUGGGGCCAUAGGCGGCGAUCAGUACGUCAUCCACGGCGACAGCCUCAGCGGGAGCUGGUCGGAGCUCCUCGCCGCCACCGAUAUCCCAGACUUUGAGUUCGGAAAUUUCGACGACAACUUGUGGAGCCUAGAGGACAUUUACUGCUGA